ACGGGAACGGGACUCGAGGGCGGAGUGAACGCCAUUGAGGGCGGGGUUUGUAUAGACUUAACGCAAAUGAAUAAAGUUAUUGAAGUGAAUGAACACGACUUCGACUGCACUGUUGAGGCGGGCAUUAACUGGCGGUCACUGAAUCAGUAUCUCAGAGAUACCGGUCUAUACUUCCCCAUAGAUCCCGGUGCGAGUGCAUCCAUAGGCGGAAUGACAGCUACCAGUGCUUCGGGAACUAAUGCCGUGGCCUUCGGAACGAUGAAACAAAAUGUACUCAAUUUGGAAGUGGUUUUACCGGACGGACGGGUCGUGAAUACGAGUGGACACAAGUGUCGGUCCCGUAAGUCUUCGGCCGGUUAUGACUUGACCUCAAUGUUCAUCGGAAGUGAAGGCACUUUGGGUACGAUUACGAAGAUAUGUCUGAAGUUGAGUGCAGUUCCAGAGUGUGUGGCGUCCGGUGUCUGCAGUUUUCCGGACGAUAAGUCGGCCAUCGAUUCAGUCAUCGAAACCCUUCAGUCGGCUAUUCCUGUGGCGAGAGUUGAAUACUUGGACGACGUGUCCAUUAAGGCCUGUCGUGCCUAUAGUCGAGUCCCACUCACCGAAAGUCCCACUCUUUUCCUCGAAUUCAACGGAUCCACGACUGAAGAAAUGAAGCACCGAUCCGGAGGAAAGGAAACAGUUAUGGAAAGCGAGACACGAGUUUCGACUGAAGAAAUGAAGCACCGGUCGGAAAGAGUCCGACAAAUAGUCGUCUCAAACGGCGGAUCAAACUUCGAGUGCUCUUCAGAUCCGGAGGAAAGGAAACAGUUAUGGAAAGCGAGACACGAGUUAUACUAUGCGCUCAAAUCCCUCGCCCCCACCUCCACAGCCAUCACAACCGAUGUUUGUGUCCCGGUCUCGAAGUUAACCCAAAUGAUCGUCAAAACCAAAGAACUGCUUAAGAGGGAGGGUGUGAUGGGUCCGCUGUGUGGACACGUCGGUGACGGCAACUUCCAUGCGAUGCUGUUUUAUGACCCAAACAAUAGCGAGGAAUCAAAACGAGUCCAUUCAGUGGCCAAUGAUAUCUGUGAGAUAGCCCUGCAAUUGUGUGGUACCUGUGCUGGAGAGCACGGCAUCGGCAGAGAGAAGAUACACCUUAUGUACAAACAGUAUGAUUCAGUGGCCAUCGAUGUCAUGAAUAGUCUGAAGUUGGCGUUUGAUCCCAAGAAUCUGAUGAAUCCGCAGAAAAUAUUUUAA